AUGACGACGCUUCCCUCGCCCUCGUUGCGUGACAUUCUCUCGCCAUCGCCGGCCGUGUCUGCUGCUGCUGGAGCAGCCACCGCAGGUCCAUCAAACUCAGCCUACCUCUCGCCGCUGCAGCAUUCGCUCGUAUACGAGCUGACGACGCGUCGCGCCCACAUCCACGCCCAACGGCUCCGGGCGCGUUUCUGGAGGGAGCGGGAACAGCGCCUCUCCACUGGCAGUCUCGACGAAGGUGCUGAGCACGACGAGGAGGAGGAGUUGGACAGGUUGAUUGAGGAGAGAAAAGCCAGGCUGGAGCUGCUUCGUCUCCGUCGAGCGCUCCGGGACACGAUCGUCGAGAACGCGGACGCGGCAUUCGUCAUCAACCGCUCUCUCUCAAUGACGCAGCCACCACCGUUUCUUGCUCAUGGCGAGCCAGCACUCCACGUGGACGGGCCGCUUUCUGCACAGCCGACGCGUAUUCUCGUGCAUCGGCGUGAUCAGCUAGCACUCAAGUGCCUUGAAGCUGACCAGGAGGUCAAGUCCAUCCGGGCAGAUCGCGCUGGGAUAACGAAGGACAUAGAGGAAACGCGGACGUUGACCUCGUCGUUGCUGGAGGUGAUUCAGAAAAGAAAGAGCGAAGUGGCCGCGCAGAGGGACAACCUCUUUGCCGAUGCGACAGCGCGCGAGAUACCCGAGAAGAGACCAGGACCCAGGAAGGGUGGACCCAAGGCCGUCGAAAGAGUCCGUGCCUUGGAAAAGGAGCUGGCCACCGUUCUCGGUCAAAAGGAGAUGGCAAAGGGCACGCUGAGGGGCAUCAUUCUGGAAUCUGGGGUCGACUGGUACGCUAGCCGCGAGCUUCGCGAGCUGAUUUUAUCCCUCACCGACGAUGACGGACUGGAUUCAGAGGAGGAAGAGGUGGACAAAGGAACGGAUGAGGGAUUGAAUGAAGACCAAGACGAGGACGAGAUGUAG